GGUUGAGUAAGCACAUUCACGCAGAGCCAAGUUAAGCAAGAGGGAGAGGAAAAGCGCAAAUCUCCCUUCGUUUGUCAGUACACAACCUUUGAUUUGAGAGAUCGGACAUGGCUUCCUCCAAAGAACGCGAGAACUUCGUCUACGUCGCUAAGCUUGCUGAGCAAGCCGAACGCUACGAUGAAAUGGUUGAUGCGAUGAAGAGUGUAGCAAAUAUGGAUGUUGAAUUGACUGUUGAGGAAAGGAAUCUGCUUUCUGUUGGUUAUAAGAAUGUGGUAGGUUCCAGGAGAGCAUCUUGGAGGAUCUUAUCCUCUAUUGAGCAGAAGGAAGAAUCUAGAGGAAAUGAGCAAAAUGUCAAGCGAAUCAAGGAGUAUCGACAAAAGGUGGAGACAGAGCUCACCAGCAUUUGCAACGAUAUCAUGGUGGUCAUUGAUCAGCAUCUAAUUCCUUCAUGCACUGCAGGCGAAUCAACUGUGUUUUACCACAAGAUGAAGGGAGACUAUUAUCGUUAUCUUGCAGAAUUUAAAUCGGGCAAUGACAAGAAAGAGGUUGCAGAGCUUUCGUUGAAAGCAUAUCAGUCAGCUACAACUGCUGCAGAGGCGGAAUUACCUCCCACUCAUCCCAUUCGGUUGGGAUUGGCUUUGAAUUUCUCUGUUUUCUAUUAUGAGAUCAUGAAUUCGCCUGAAAGGGCAUGCCAUCUGGCAAAGCAGGCCUUUGAUGAAGCAAUAUCUGAGUUGGAUAGCCUGAAUGAGGAUUCCUACAAAGACAGCACCUUGAUUAUGCAGCUUCUAAGGGACAAUCUCACCUUGUGGACUUCUGAUCUUCCAGAGGAUGCAGAAGAUGCCCAAAAGGGAGAUGCCACAAACAAAGCAGGUGGAGGUGAAGAUGCAGAGUGAAUGGGCCUAAUGGUUAGAACUACCUUGUGUAUUUGGAGCUCUGAGGACGGCGAUACACCAAGGGGAUGUGUGUUUGUUAAGUCCUAGUAGAUACUUAUCUUAUGGGCAUGUCGUGUCGGUUUCUUUACAUGUUAAUUGGGUGUUGCAAUUCAGCAUGUGUGUGAUUUGUAUCCCUGUGCUAUUUCCUCUCCGUAAAGUGAGUUGUUUCAGUCUUUAGAUGAUUGGUUUGGUCCAUAGGUGGUUUUAUUUUUCAGAGGACUGCCGCAGCCAAAUUGGAGGACAUCAGCUCUUUGUUUGACCUCUCAACCUUAUUAUCUCAAUGUCACCAAUUUUAUAUAAUUCUCACCUUUUUUUCAUCA